GUGUUGAAAGGAACUGUUUUUGGAUUUGUAGACUUUACAAAUGAUAAAAUGUUUUUAUUUUUUUAUGACCCCCAAAAUUUGAUUUCUCUGGGUCACGUUCGUCAGCGUCGGAACUAAGUAUAUUUAGUUUCGUUUCCACCCGGAAUGUUUUAUCAGUCAGACAUUUUCGCUCAUGUUGAUGUUGACAUGAGUGCGUGUGGGGGUUUGGUUAGUUUAAUAUUAUAGUAAUGGACGUGAAAGUAAACACAGCCUCCUCAGACACGGAGGCUGAGUGUAAAAGUAAAGACGCCGCAACGGUGCCGUUAUCAGAGACCAGACUGGUUUGUAUUGAAUAUCCGGGUUUGGUUAAUAAUGUGGACAAAAUGCUGGCGACCAUUGGAGGGGAACAGGGGCUGUCCAAGACGUAUGGAGACUCGUCCAAACGGCUGGAGCUGCGGUAUCGUCCCCAGGACCCUUUCUGUCACCCUGUAUGUGGGAAUCGCUAUUCUUCCACCAACCUGCUCAUCCGAGUGCGGCGCAGAACAAACAGACGCAGCGGGGAAUCUCACGUCAUCAUGGAGAUCCUGGGCCUUAUAGACACCACGUAUAAAUUUCAGGGAAUGGCAGAUUUUCAGUACCUGGCUAUGCACAGAGAGGCUGACGGAUCCCAGAUCUCUUUGUAUGACAAGGUCAUUUUGUGCAAACCUGAAAAGAAGGCGUUCUUUGACCAGUCUGUGCCGCUCUUCCUUCCACCUCCCAUCUUCUCUCGUCUGGACAACCCGGUGGAUUACUACUACCGGCCAGAUAUUGUCCACAAGGAAGGAAACGCUCCGCAUUUGCUCACCAAAGAGAACCUGAUUGGUCCUAACCGAGCCCGGAGAGCCCAUAAUGCCAUAUUUGUGAUUUUUGAAGAUAAGACUGUCCCAACUGAGCCACUAGAGGCUGCUAAGGUGAACUGGCAGAAAAACGCUAUGCACCACAGUGACCUCAAGGCAGAGGAGGAAAUGAGGAAGCUAUUUGAAAGACGGCCCAUAUGGUCCCGCAAUGCCGUUAAAGCCAACAUCAACAUUCACCCGGAGAAGCUGAAGAUCCUGCUCCCCAUUCUGGCUUAUUACAUGUUGACCGGGCCAUGGAGAAGCUUGUGGGUGAGGUUUGGUUAUGAUCCCCGUAAGCACACGGAGGCCAAAAUCUACCAGGUUCUGGACUUCAGAAUCCGCUGUGGAGUGAGACAUGGAAAUAGCUUCAAUGAUAUACCAGUAAAGGCUAAAAGAAGUGCCUACCAGUACACUCUUCCAACCUCAGUCAACAAGGCAGCGCCUCAGGCAGCUAGUGUGAAGGACAUUGCCCAGGAGAGUUCAUCAAGCACCCUAUCCUCUUCAACAAAAUACAUUCUUAAGGAUUCGGUUUAUAUAUUCCGUGAGGGAAUGUUACCACCCUACCGACAGAUGUUUUACCAGCUGUGCGACCUGGAUGUAGAGAACUUUACAGUACACUUGCCUGCAUGUCUAGUGAAUGCCUCUUCACGAUUGAUCCCUGUCAGAAUUAAAAGCAUCAUCCAUAAAAAUGACGGGAAGGAGGAAGUGUGCGACGAGCGUGACGGCUGGUGUUUGCCACGGACUUCAGACGAGCUCAGAAACAUCAUCUCUUCCAUGAUCGCGCAGGUGGCGCGAGCCAAAAGACCUUCUCUGUCUUCCCCGAAGCUGAGGCCUGUCCGGGCCGGACGUAAAAUCGAAGAGAGUGACGAGGAUGAAGACGACAACGACGAAGACGAUGAUGACGACGAUGAAGAUUUCAAGCCUGAUGGGAGUGAAAAUGAAAUGGAGACAGAAAUGCUUGAUUACAUGUAAACUAGAAUUGUGGACUUUAAGCUGAUUAAGUUGACUUAAGUUAAUGUUGAAAGUGAAUAAAUGUCUUUUGUAAAAAUAAUUAUUUGUUCAAUACAGAGAGUUAGACUGACAUGCUGAAUGUUAUGUGGCUAAUAAUUAUAAUAAUAAUAAUAAUAAUAAUAAUAAUAAUAAAAAU